AUGAGUCGGCCUCCCAGUAGACAACAGGAGGAAGAUAAAUCCAAGAAGAAGACGGAUAUGCGGGAUCCAUUGCCUUUUCCAAAUGCCAAUGAAGUAGAACUGCAAAGCGUCGUAGUGGCCCAAGAGGUGCCACACGUCAUCAGGGCACCGUCGUCGACGCCGGAGGUGACGGUCAACAUCAAACAUGGUGUUGCGCACGUCGAGGCGGACGUGGACCCGUGGACGGCCAUGGUUCUGGUCUUUAUGGGCCUAGGAGGUGCAGGGGCUACAACCUUGGCUGUUUUCUUGGUUUGGCUUGUGAAGUUCAUCAGGAACAAGGAUCCGGAAGCCCAACCAGUGGAAGAUCUGCUGGGGCUGGAAGAGGCGGAUAAUACCGUCGCAGAAAAGAAGGAGGAAGAACUGGUCCUUGAGGACAGUAACCCAUUUAAAGAAAUGUUAAACGCGUAG